UUGCUGCUGAGCGCCGUGGAGGGGGAGUGUGGUUAUGUGGCCGGGCGGGCUGUGCCGCCUCUGGCGGCUGCUGGGUUACCGAUCCCGCGUCUUUGGGCCCGUGGCGAGCUGCAGGCCGGGCCUGUGCGGGUUGGCUUCCCGUGGGGAGGAAACCGGGAGCGGGGUGAGGGUGCGAUUCGGGCCGAGCCCCACAGGCUUCCUGCACCUGGGUGGACUCCGCACAGCUCUGUACAAUUACAUAUUCGCCAAAAAACAUGGAGGCCAGUUUAUCCUUCGUAUAGAAGAUACUGAUCAGAGCCGUCUUGUGCCUGGAGCAGCAGAAAAUAUUGAGGAUGUACUGGAGUGGGCAGGUAUCCCCCCCGAUGAAAGCCCACGACAAGGAGGCUCCUGUGGACCGUACCAGCAAUCAGAGCGACUGGAUCUGUACCUGAAGGCUGCUGAAACUCUAGUGAAGAGAAAUGCUGCAUAUUAUUGCUUUUGCACUCCCUCACGUCUGGAAACUACUGAAGAAGAAGCACUGAGAAUGGGCAGGACACCAAAGUAUGACAAUCGAUGUCGGCACCUUACUUCAAAACAGAUUGAGGAAAGAUUGGUACAAGGAUGCCCAUAUGUUAUCAGAUUCCGCCUGGACGAGGGUACGGUGUCCUUUGAAGAUCUGGUGUAUGGACCAAACAGGAUGGAUCCAGCCAAUGUGGAAGGAGACCCUGUCAUCAUUAAGACAGAUGGGUUUCCAACCUAUCACCUGGCAAAUGUGGUUGAUGACCAUCACAUGAAUAUCAGCCACGUUCUGCGGGGUACUGAGUGGCUUACCUCCACCGCCAAACAUGUGUUGAUGUACAGAGCCUUUGGCUGGGAUCCACCAGUUUUUGCUCACCUUCCUCUCCUCUUGAACAAGGAUGGCAGCAAGUUGUCUAAGCGUCAGAGCGAUCUGUUCAUUCAGAACUUUUCCCAGAAUGGGUACCUGCCAGAGGCUUUACUUGACAUUGUUACCAACUGUGGAUCUGGCUUCUCAGGAAAUCGCCCUGGUCGAACCCUGGAAGAAUUGGUAAGUGAGUUUGAUGUGACCAGGAUCACAACUCACUCUGCACUCUUGGACAUUGACAAGCUGCCAGAGUUCAACAGAAUUCACCUAUUUCGCCACAUCGAGGAUAGUAGCUCAAGGCAGCAGUUGGUGACAGAGCUGCAAAACCUGGUAGAGAAGGUGUACAAGGAAAAGCUGCCAGAGGGUGAGGCCCUGUGCAAAGACUAUGUGGAACGGGUGCUGGUACACCGGAAGGGGCACAUCACUUCUUUGCUGGACCUACUAAAGCCAGCCUACUCUUACCUGUGGAUCCGCCCUCCUGUGCCACGAGAGCAGAUGGAGGAUCUGACAACAGAUGGAGAGAAGAUCUGCAGCAUGGUGAUAAGCCUAUACCAGAACUGGCCAGAUGUUAAUGGGACCCCAGCAGAACUGAACUCAGAACUGAGAUCAUUACAGAUGCAGUUCACAACUACCAAGUACAGUGUCAUGAUGAAGCUCCUUCGACUGGCUCUCAGCGGGCAGCAGCAAGGACCGAGUGUAGCUGAAAUGAUGCUGUCCUUGGGACCUAAAGAAGUGUGUGAGCGACUGCAGCGAGUGAUCAUCCAUUGAGCACAGGUGGCUUCCUACCACCUGUACACUUGAGAGGUCAUGCAUGGUGUGUCCAUCAAUUUGUAUGGACAUGCUUCACUGCUGACAGAACAUCCAGGAAAGGAAAAUGUGAAUGUUCAGACAUUUUAUACUGCUGGGUAGAUCUACCUGGUGUAAUGAGAACUUCCAUAAAUGGUGCUGCUUUGUGAUUACAGCCCUCAGGUCCAAUUGGAUGGAGUCGAGCAAGGAAGGGAAAGGCUUCCAUCCCCGCAGGGUUUUCUCUGUGUUACUCCUGCUCCAGGAGGAGUUUCAAAUUCAUGACUGCAGGACCACAUGCAGCUUUUGGGGCUUUGAUCGUCUGAUGACCAAGAACAUAAACCCACUUGCUCCAAGGACUAUUGGUAUCAAUGGAUUUACAGCCAAGACAUAGGCCAUUUAAUGCAGGUGUUCUGUGCUCCCACACCAGCCUCCUGCUUCACCUUGCCCUUUCUGUAUUUCAUUCUUUUCUCCCUCAUGUGUUCCUCUUAAAUACAUCAGUACUAUUCCCAAAGAGUAGCACAAUCCUAUACAUACUUUGAGUAAAGAAACGUCUCUUGAAUUACGGGAUUUAUAAUAAAUAUAUUUUAUAAUUUAAUCUUAUAUUUAUCUCUUUUGUUUUGGUCUCACUCUUCCCACUAGUGGAAAUACUUUCUCCGCAGGUACCUUGUCAAAACUAAUUAACCCAGGCAGUCCCGGUUGCAUAAGGGUUUCUUUUCCUGAUAAUUGUCCAUAAGUAAAUUUCCCUGUAGGUCAGAAACAUCAAUUUUCUAUAGUAGUCCAUAUCAGAUUGCUCUAUGUACACUUGCUACAAUUCUUUCAUUUCAUUGAAUAAUCACCCUAGUACUACCCAUAAUUAAAUUAAUGGAAUGUAUAUGUGUCCAGUCAUUAAUGAAUACCAUGAAAUAUCAUUAUUACUACUAGCUUUAAAAAUGUAUGGGCGAAUUGAUGUAAAGUUGGAUUUCUGUAGGUCAGGUCAUCUGUAACAUGGGAAGCCCCUGUAUUUUCAAGGACUUGAAUAAGGUCAAUGCUGUGGGCUUCCCUUUUCUAGAGCAAAGAGUCCCAGGUUGAUCAGCCUACUUGUUAGUUACACCCCUUCAGGCAUAAACAACAUGAGAAUUAAUGAGAAACUGGAAUAAGUUUUAUAGACUGUCUUUGAUGGCAUGGAUCAAGGACUCAUGGCAAAUGAGAGUCUGAACAACAAUAUCAAUUCAAAUGCACACUAUCUGUUCAGUCCCUUAAUGGAAAUAUUCUUUGUUGUACUAUUUCUUGUUCUACCUCCUGGCAAUAAAUCAUGAAAUGCAGUAAAAUGGUCAAUAAUAAUGUGUACAAUACCUAGUUAAACGGUGGCACUAGAUUUGCUGCCUCUGCAUUUGGUAAUCUGAAGGCUAGCACCAGCAAAAUGACCAUAAACAAAUCAAACUGGCUCACCAAUGUCUUUCUGACAAGCAACUCCAGUAAAAUCUUCCGGUCACAAAACAUUGGUGGUAGUUUGACUAGCCUUGCUCACAUUUCCUGAAUAAACAUGCAUCUAAAUUUGAAAGUAAAAAAAUAGCAGAUGCUGGAAAUCUGAAAUAAAAAGGGACAAAAUUGCUGGAAACACUCAGCAUGUCAGGCAGCACCUGUGGAAAGAGAAUCAGUUAAUGUUUUAGGUCAAAGACUCUAUCAGAAUUGACGAAGGGUACCAGACCUGAAACAUUAACUGUUUCCCUUUCCACAGAAGCUGUUUGGUCUGCUGGGUGUUUAAAGCAUUUUCUGUUUUUAUAUGACUUAAUUUCUCCAGUUGGGUAUUUAAAUAAAAGAAAGUGUCCUUUGAAUAAAUGUUGCCAUG